AUGGACCCCAGAGAUAAAAAUAUCGCUUCUGAUAACUUCUGGACGUCAAAACAGACCUGGCCCUGCUCGCCAACCGUAACAGACGGUUCUACCAGCUUUUCCAUGACGAACGUGUAUGGCCCAGAACCGGUUAUCUCGCUGUCCAUCAAAUCGAAAGGCAUCGAAACCCCAAAUUUCUCCCGUGCUUUGUAUCGCUUCCAGAAAGAAUCUACAUUCAAAGUCCACAUCGAUCAUGAGAGCAAAGAGACCAUUAUCCCCGGCACGGGAGAACUUCACCUGGAAAUUUAUAUUGAACGCAUGCGCGGAGAGUAUAGCACUGAUUGCGUCACCGGAAAACCUCGCGUAGCAUCCCGUGAGGCUAUCACGCAUGCCUACACGCACAAGAAGCAGACUGGAGAUGCGGGUCAUUAUGCCAAAGUUGUCGGGUACAUCGAGCCGAUGGAACCUGACCCUGACCCAGAGACCGGAAAGGACGUUCCCUUCGAUGAUGUGGGCAUCGAUGCCUUCCAUGCCGUCGAUUCGUCUCAACCGGCUUUCCGGCUUGCAACCAUCGGUGCUUUCCGUGAGGCAUUCAAGAUGGCGAAGAGUGUUAUUUUGGAGCCGAUCAUGAACGUGGAAGUCGUUGCUCCUGUUGAGUUCCAGACUCUCAUCACUUUUGGCGACUCUAGGUCAAGUUAUUGGUUGAGCACUCGCCGUGGUACCAUUGUUGACAGCGAAGUCCGCGAUGACUAG